ACAUAAAAGGGAAACAAGUUUCCUGGAAGUAGCGUGCAAUAAGAGAUCCUGUGCAGGAAGAUGGUGCCUGUGGCUCUGUGCUUAGGUGUGUGCUGCCAAGACCUCUCUUGGAGCAAAGGCCCAUGCCUGGAUGAGAGCACAGAGGUCCAUGAGGUGGCACAGUUGCUCCAUGUGGAGACAGGUAUCAAAAGACAAUGUAUAGUGCCAAUCUUGCUGCAGAUUGGUUUAUUUCUAGCAGCACCUUUGCCAUGAGAGUUGUGGCACAAAAACAUGGUCCAGGCCUGGCCCCCAAGUACUCGCACGCUAAAUACAAGAGGCAUUCAAGAAAGUGACUGAUUCCAGUUCCGAAAUCUAUAAGCACAUCUGCUCCAGGUUAAGACAAUACAACUGCAACCAUGAAAAUUACCCCCGCCCCGCCUUUCCCUCAGCCUCCCCAAAUUCCUGGGUAAUAACAUGUUUAACUGUUUUCCCUGUGAGCUCUGCACAACAACUGCAUGUGUAGAUUUUGCAAAUUAAGCUGUCGUGAUGUGACCCAGAUCUGAUAGGAGUUUCCUUUACAUCAUCCUCAACACUUCCGUUGCCAUAACAAAAGGCAACUCUCCUUUCUGUGCAGCGAAUUACUCGCUCACAGGGAAACAAACUGUUGUUCUCCUAAUAACAUUCCUCUGCUGCAUAAAUUGUAUGAAAUAAUUUGAUGAAAAUGAUGGUAAUGGCGUCUCGGAGGACACAAUACACUUUACACAAGAGUCUACUCUACGAGAUCUUGGACUCCUCACAAAGAACGUUCCCCGUGCUCAAGGGGAGGCGAAAGGCCCUGCGGAGGGACAGCCAGAGCUGACAUCACCUAAAAGCAGUUGGAGAUCUCGGCAAGUGGACGGUCAUUUGGCAAUGACAGACAGCUUAAAAUAUCUGUCAGGUUUGCAGGAUGGAGUAAGAACUAAUGAUUUUAUAAAUUAAAUUAGGAAUUGCUAAAGGGAAUACCCAAAUGCGGUAUUUAAUGUUUCAGGAUUUUUUGUUCCGUGUUACUGCAUCACGGUGAUGCCCAGAGAGAAGGGGGGCUGGGAACUAGUGACAGGUAUCCUACAAGUAUGUGGGUGGAAACAUGAAUUAAGGUUUUAUUCAUGCUUUUAUUCAUUCCUCUGGAUUAGAACCUAGUUACCCUAAAGAAACCAGAGGCACCUUCUACCUUCCACUCAUCAAAAUUUAAGGCUAAAUUAAAGUCUAGCAAUCCUAAGCCAUACCUGUGUUAAAGGAUGAAUCGAAACCCAGUGCUGAAAAGUGAUGAUGUCUGUAUCAGGCAGGGCAGCCCCCACCCCAGUGUCAAUAACUUGCUGAGAAAAGUCCAGAAGAAGCUAUUGCAGAACAUCUAGUGAGUUAGAGUGAUGCUGAUAAACUUCAGCCCUUCCUGAAUAAUAACUUCACGUAAGCUUCUUACCUUCUGGAGUGAAAAGUGCAAGAAGAAGAGACAUUCUCAAAAAAAAAAAAAAAAAAAAAAAGAAAAGUCUCCCAAAGAAUAUUGCACCAGCAUAAAGCUUAUGAAGUGGUGAAGAGAAAACAAACAAGAGAAGGGAUGGGAAAAGCUACGGGUGGGAUCCCAGUGGAAAAGAAGAGCAGGACAAGCAGGAGAGGGGCACAGAGAUCCUCUGGAGCUGGGGAGCUUGCAGGGUGACAGUGUGAGACCCCAUGAAGCAAGAGGAGGGUGAGCUGGAGAAGUCAGGAAGGGCCCAGGGCAUGAAGUCAGCCUGUAGGUGUCAGAGCCUGCAAAGGCAGAUUUGGGAUGCGGGGGAUCCUGCUUAAAAGGAAUAUCAUUUCGACUUCAACAGUCAGUGGAAGUUUCUGCGCCUGGUGGUUCUGAGAAGUCUCAGAUGCUUGCACACCCAGCGGCUGGGAAAGGCAGGGCCCGUCCUGCACUCAUGGAAAAUGUGACAUUGUGCUGACACUGGUGGAAAUGCUCCGUGCUGCUGGCGCUAAGGCAGAGCCGCUGCCUCCACAGUCAGCUGCGCCUCGUGUCUGCAAAGCAAACGGAGCUCAGCCUGGGGCAGGUAUUAGCUGCACUAAGAUUUGUCUUCACACCUGCUGGCUCGCAGCUGAAGAACUCCCUGGAGCUCCUGGAACAGAGCGAAAUGUAAGCCCCAUUAUGAAGAUGCCAUUUCCCUCCCAAAGUCUGUUCUUCCAGGCCUUAAAGAUGUAUGUUUGGGGCAGGGCAGGUCGUGUUUGUACCCUCCCUCAAAGCUUUAAAAUCCCUAACCUGCUCUCCUUACAUCUUCAGGGUUCAGAGCCCGGAAGAAAAGCGUGCCUGCUCCCAGGAGAUGAUCUAUUGCACAACGAAUAGCUUUCAAACCAAAUUGUUACCCCACAGGGCAGGGAUCACACGACUUAAAGAGAUGUUAACAAGCCGUGACAAACCUCUGGCAUUAGAAUUUUCAUGCAAGCUGUUCUGCAUCUAAAGCAGUCACUAAAGAUCACACAGCAUCUGAAAAAUGAAGGCUACGGCAAGGCCUAACCUCUCUCUGCUCCACUCCAGAGACCUGGCCAUAGGAAGCGGGGCUGCGAUUUGCACACUAUCUGAACCUGAUUAUGUCUAAUUUUUUGCAUACAGAGCAUGGAAAGGAUCCUGGUUGAGGCAUGGAAAAUAUGCGGCCACAUGAGUCAUUCUGUAAUGGUUCAUAAAUCCUGAGAGAAUCACAAAAGCAAAACAUCUAACAUUGCAUCUUCCCUGUCCCUGCCAGUGGAACCCCACCUCUCGACACGCUCGGCACAAGGAUGUGGGAAUAUGGUGAAAGCAAAGGAAAUAGGAUCAUUUUCUCCUCGGAAUAGAGGAAUCUCAUCAAACAGCAGCCAGCCUCAGAUUUGCAACCUUCACAGAAGAGGCCAUUCAUAAGCUGAGGAGAAAGAACUGAACUCCUCCUCGGGUUGCCAAACCAAAUUUACAAUUCCUACUGCCCGGGCUCCAGCUUCUGUCUUUACCUCCUUGCAGAGCCAGGCAGGGGACUGGAGAGCAACAGCCUAAAAACCAGCAGCCUCUCAAGCUCCGACCUCCUGCCCACCCUCUGAUUAUUGGGAAGUGGCCCUAAUGGAGCUCAUACACAGGUGAUGGGAGUGUAUUUGGGACUUUCACAGUGAUGUUCGCAAGGCAGAGUAUGAAAGGGACUUACACUCUCAAAAUUAGAGGAUGGGGGACCAGCAAAAAAUCUUGUUACAGUCCUAAAGGCUGAGGGACUAUCUGCCAGUGCAAAGGGUCCUUCCUACAACUCUAUGAGAGUCACCAUCUCCACACAAGCAGCAGGUACGUGGCAGCAGCACGCUGCUGCUCCAGGCUGCUAGCUAAAAAGGAGUGCUCUGCUCUUCUGGGGGUUUAGCGGGUGGAGGCUGCACAUCUCUAGAAAAAAAAAAACAGCUUUUCUUGGGCAAGAGUGAGUGAAAUUCCCCAUUAUCUGCCCAGCAGCAGAGGCUUCCUGCGGACCCUUGUCAGGCCCCUUUCCUGCUGGACAGAGCUGCUCUCCAUUGUCCUGGGGGUUUAUCAGUGGCAGCAGCACGUCUCACGUCUCCGUCCAGCCCUGGGAUCUUGCCCCUUAUCACUUGGAUGUUACGGCACCCCAGGCUGGUGCGUGCUACUGCUGCUGCUUUCAAGUGCAAACAGAUCCCACGCACGGGGCUUUUAAUUAACCUCCACAGCCAGCUCAAGAAGGAAGGUGCAGUUCAUUUCCCUGUCUGCCCUGGAAGCAGGAGCAGAAAUAAAGAAAUUGAAGAACUCUGAAAGGCCCAGCCUGAUCUGGAGAAUGCAAGACAGCUACUAAAAGCCCUGAACUGUCACAAAAUGAGGCUGUAAGAGCCUUGUGUAAUCCCUAGGAGCUUGGGAGGUUUGUUUGGAUCUGCAGCUCCCCAGUACUUCAUUUAUGUUUAUGUGAGGGGACGAUGUCUUCCCAGCGUGUUGGGUUAGUGUGGGAAAAGACCUGAAACAUGCAGAGCUACUUGGAGUAGAAGGACACUGGCUGCAGGAGCUCAGAGGCAUUUCGAUUCGGUUUACAUGCUACACCAAAUGCAAAAUGCAUCAGAUGUGACAUUUUUUAUUUUCAGGAAUAUUCUGGAGCAGGAGGAAAGCCCAAAAUGAGUCACUUAGGCUCUGACAAUGAGACACAGUCUCCGUGGACCUGGAUACGUGCAUCCAUCCUGGUCCCGUGGCUGCCCCUGGAGCUACAUCACUGCUGGGACUCUACGGACUGCAGGGAUGUCGUGACAACCCCCAUAGGCCUCCAACUUCGCAGGAUGAGCCUGGUGCUUCCGUGCGUUAAGGACUGCGAGAAGGAAAUGCGUAAGCACAGUCACUGCACGCCUGCCUUUCCCACACAGCUGUGAGCCCAGCAGCUCCCUGGUUGCCACACCAGAAUGGGGACCUCUAGGAACGGAUGGCUGUCACCCCAGCUCGUGCUCUGCUGUGCCUUUUGGGGACUCUGCCUGGCCUUUCCAGACUACGACGAUUACUCUCAGAAUGUCACCAACGAGCAGGUAGUGGCACCAGAGAUCACACCGUGUCCCCGAGCCAUCCCAGGAGAAAAGAUAACGAUAAACAACAUCACGUACCUGUUGAUACACAAUGCCACCCGCUCUCAGCUGAACAGCGUGGUCACUGUGCGGCUCAUCCCCUGCCUCUACACCCUCGUCUUCCUCGUGGGGCUGCCUUCAAACGGGCUGGCCCUGUGGGUCCUGGCUACCAGGGCCGAGAAGCUGACCUCCACUGUCUUCCUGAUGAACUUGGCUGCAGCAGACCUGCUGCUCAUCUUGGUGCUGCCCUUCAAGAUUUUCUACUAUUUCCUGGGGAACAACUGGCCCUUUGGGGAAGGCCUGUGCCGGGUCACCACGGCUUUCUUCUACGGGAACAUGUACUGCUCAGUGCUGCUGCUCACGUGCAUCAGUGUUGACCGGUACCUGGCUGUGGUGCAUCCUUUUUUCUCCCGUUCUUUCCGCACCCCUGCCUUUGCUGCCUGUACCUGCACUGCCAUCUGGCUCUGUGCUGCUGUCCUCACCCUGCCCCUGACCCUGCAGCAGCAGUCAUACCCCCUGUACAGAGCAAACAACACUCUGUGCCACGACGUUCUCCCCAGGCACGAGGACGACGGGUAUUAUUUCUACUAUUUCAUCUGCCUCAUUGCCUGUGCUUUCCUUGCUCCUCUGGUGGUGAUGCUGUUCAGCUACUGCUCAGUACUACGAGCCCUCCUGGACAACGGCAAGCGGUACGCCUACUCCAUGAAGCUCACAGCUCUCGUGCUGUUCACACUCGUGGCCUUCUACACACCCAGCAACGUUCUCCUCCUCGUUCAUUACUCCAGCUAUCAUUCCAAGCUGCACGGUAACCUGUAUAUCAGCUACAUGGUGAGCCUGGCCAUCAGCACCUUUAACAGCUGUGCCGACCCCUUCGUCUACUACUACGUCUCUGAAGAUUUCCGGGAUAAGGUGAGGAGGAGAUUCUUCAACCACAGCAAAAAAACCACCACGUCCUUAAAAACCUCCAAAGAAACUCUCCCUCAGAAAAGUUCCAAGGAUUUGCUUGUAUAAACCUCCAGCCCAGCUCCCUGCUCCCAGGGCACUCACAAUAUACAGUGGGGAUAAGACAAAGCCAGUGAGUGCUGAGAUUUCACAGGUUUCAUCCAGAGCAGCAAGCAGUACGUCCCAGUAGGCAAGUCCUGGUAAGGAAGAGCCAUGUUCUUCUGUCUGCAUAGCUGAGACCAAAUAAACCUAGGCCACAGCAUUCCUUGAAAAGUGUGGAGUCCAGAUAAGAUGUGGGGUGCUGAACGGGAAUAGAUCUGUUACUGGGACACUGCACGUACCUUCUCACCUGGUCUUCUAUUGCCAGGGAUGCUUUUGCUAACACACCUCAGUCUGCUUCUCCUAACACACGUUGCAAGCUGGUUGUUAUCUGCUUUCUAUUUCCUUUUCUGCUACCGGCUUUCUCGCUGUCUUUGAACACACAGUCCUUUUACCUAAAACUGAAAAAGAACAGGUGUUUGGCAAAAUCAAAGUUCUCAACAUUCCAAAAGCACUAAGGAGGUACUUUUGUGGAAGGUAUUCUCCUGAAAUAAAAUACUCCUCUGGCAGGAGAAUGUACAGUGCUAGCUUUUCUACCAAUUACAUUCUUGGCUUGACUAGUGAACAAAUGUACACCACCAUGGUAAUGCCAGCCCAUUGUUGGUAAUAAGUGUAAAAAAUCCUGUUCAUUCAUCCUCAAGUUGCUCGGCCUCCAUGAUUGCUCUGAGGCAAAGACUGUUUUAUGUCUCUUGAAGGGAAAUAUUCAGGAAGGAAUUGAGCAAACCCUCACUCUAGAAACUCAUUGCUGCUUUUGCUUAAUGACACAUGCAAUUGAGACCUUGCAUUUAUGAACCAAGCUUGUUGCUCAAUCCUGGAACAUGUGGCAAAUUUGGCAAAAUAGAGCCAGCUCAUCUCGGGGAAUAACCCAGUGAGGCACAAGGUAGAAAAUGAGUGAUCAACUUCCUUAGAGGUCCUGAAUUCUUCAGUUU